AUGGGUGUCGCCGUCGUCGGCGCCAAGGCACGGAGCCACCACAAGGCCGCCAUGAGGAACGUGACAGUGUCAGAUCCCCAGAUCUGGAUCAGGACGCCGCACUCCGCGAGAGAGGGAACGUCCGAGCGACCCGUCGCAACACCUGUCAUUGCCCACACAGCUCGGGAGGAGGGCCACAACCACCGCAAUGAUGCCCGCCGACGAGCAACCAUGCGGACCGCCAUCUGGGCUGCCGCCCCGGCAUCCCUGCUACGAGAAAGCGUGCACCGCCCACACCACAAGGCACUCAACCAUGGUAGGAAGAGUGACGACACAACAUCCACUUCUAGCCCAGCAUCAGUCUCCGAGUCUGGGGGCACUGGAGAUGACGAUGUGGUGAUCAAGAUUCUGUACUGCGGGAUCUGCCACUCUGACCUGCACAGCAUCAAGAACGAAUGGAAGAACGGCAGGUACCCCAUGGUCCCUGGGCAUGAGAUCGCCGGCGAGGUCGCUGAGGUCGGCAAGAAUGUGACCAAGUUCAAGACCGGCGAUCGUGUGGGAGUCGGGUGCAUGGUGAACUCGUGCCAGUCCUGCGAGAGCUGCAACAAGGGAUUCGAGAACCACUGCCCGGGUAUAAUUCCCACCUAUAACUUGGUCGACCUUGAUGGCACCAUCACCUACGGCGGCUACUCCAGCAUGGUGGUGGUGCAUGAGCGGUUCGUUGUCCGGUUCCCCGACACCAUUCCGCUGGACAAGGGCGCGCCGCUGCUGUGUGCCGGCAUCACCGUGUAUAGCCCCAUGAAGUACCAUGGGCUGAACGUUCCCGGGAUGCACCUCGGCGUGCUGGGACUGGGCGGGCUGGGCCACGUCGCAGUCAAGUUCGGCAAGGCCUUUGGGAUGAAGGUGACGGUGAUCAGCUCGUCGCCGGGGAAGAAGCAGGAGGCCCUCGAGCGGCUAGGCGCUGAUGCCUUCAUUGUCAGCAAGAGCGCCGACGAGAUGAAGGCUGCGAUGAGUAGCAUGGAUGGCAUCAUAAACACGGUGUCUGCAAAUAUUCCCAUGGCCCCUCUCCUGAGGCUACUGAAGCCCAACGGCAAGAUGAUCCUGGUUGGCCUCCCAGAGAAGCCUAUGGAGAUCUCUCCCUUUGCUCUGGUUGCCGCGAACAAGAACCUGGCCGGGAGCUGCAUCGGCGGCAUGAGGGACACCCAGGAGAUGCUGGACCUGGCGGCCAAGCACGACGUGACGGCUGACAUCGAGGUGAUCGGCGCCGAGUACGUGAACACGGCCAUGGAGCGCCUUGCCAAGGCCGACGUCAGGUAUCGAUUCGUCAUCGACAUCGGCAACACCCUCGACAAGGCCGCCGCCGCCGCCGUCGCCGCCGAGUGA